AAGAGAUGAGCCUCUACUUUACACACACUCAGAUGGAGAAGACAAAGUCUUUAUAGAUUAUAAACUUAAACCCCUCCAAAUUGACACUUCUAGGUGCUCUAAGACUCCAUUAUUGCUGGGAAGGGUGUUUAAAGGUCGGAAAACCUACUCUCCUUCUCAAGUGGUCACAAGAAGUAAGGCGAGACUUCUUGCUGAAGGUCGAAAAAAGUCUCCUUUGGGAUGAUCCAGUGAGAUGAGUUUUGGCCUCACUCUGUUAUCUAGCGCAGAUCCUGAGUUAAAGGGAGCUAUUUCAUCUGAUAUGAAGAGCCGAUACUCUCCCAUUCUGACUUUGUAUUCUAUAGCUUGGAGCUACAGCCUGGUCCUACUUUACACUCAACUUCUGCAGACUACAGCUUGGUUCCUUGGUGCAAAUUUCAACAAACCUCGAGGAUCUGGAAGAAACCUGAGAGACGAAGAUAUUGGAGGCGCUCGAACUCGGGUCCAAAUAUCAGCGCAGAUGGUCAGGCGUGAUUUCUCAAAUGAAAAUUGGGAAAUAUCUAGAUAUGAUGGGGAUUUCUCUGUCAAAGUCUCUUGGGAUUCAAAUCGGUUUGGACAUUUUGCACGUAUAGAGUCAAAAACAGGGUCUUUGCCUAACCAGAUUAUCAUUCCUGCUGGUUUCUAUUUAGAGGGGCUUAAACUUUUCAGUAAGGGUCUAUCUGAAUUAUUGAGGAACUCAAAGGAAUUAAAUAAUCACCUGCCAAAGCCACUGCCAAUUCAAGAAGGUCUUGGGCUGGUUAAAAUUUGCAAGGAUGAGGGGUGGAGAUGCUAUAAUGGAGUUCCUUCUGCUACUAUAUGUGAUAAAGAACAGAUUAAUACUGAAAGUAGGGUAAUUGUUGACCUCACUAUGGAGGAAGAGAUGGAAAGUUUGCAAAGGCACACUCCAUUGGCAGAGGUUCCUUUAGACCAGGGAUGUCUGGAUAUUUUUCAUCAAGUUAUCAAAGAUAACAUGAACCUCUUUAGGAAAUCAAUUGCUAGCAAACAGUUUUUGGAUGCUCUCAAUAAAGGACAGAUCCUCAACUACUCAGAGGAAGUCGUUAGGGUUACUAGAGAAGCAAUCAAAAGCUUUGAGUAUAUUGAUGCAGCAACAAUGGAAGGUGCAAGGUAUCCGGUGUACCUUGCUUAUGCGAAAGAAGAUAUGAAUGUCGUUCUAGCUCAUUUAUGCGGUGAACAGGAUUGAUUAGGAUUACACUCUGGGCAGGGGUUAUUUCCAGUUUCUUGGUCCUUCUUUUAUGUUGUUUUGGUCCUUCAAAGCGAAUUGAACCAGGGGU